CCUUCCUGCUGGGCCAGGCCGUGGCAUCUGACCGUGUGCUGCCCGUGGGGGGGGCCUCGCCCGCCAGCGCUCGCCAUGAACGCCGGGCAGGCCGCGGGGCGGCCGGGGGGAGCCGCCUUGGCGCUGCCGAGGGUGCUCUCGGCCGUUUUCUACGGAACGUGCUCCUUCCUCGUAGUGUUGGUAAACAAAGGCCGGCUCAGCGCCUACAGAUUCCCAUCACCGACUUUUCUUGGAAUUGGACAGAUGGCAGCCACUCUACUUAUCUUGUAUGUGUCAAAAUUAAAUAAAAUUGUACACUUUCCUGAUUUUGACAAGAGUAUACCCAUGAAGUUGUUUCCUCUGCCUCUGAUUUAUGUUGGAAACCGCAUAAGUGAAUUAUUAAGUACCAGCAAACUCAGUUUGCCGAUGUUCACAGUGCUCAGGAAGUUUACCAUUCCACUUACAUUGCUGUUGGAAGUCAUCAUACUUGGGAAACAUUAUCCUCUGAGUAUUAUUCUCAGUGUAUUUGCCAUCGUUCUUGGGGCUUUCAUAGCAGCUGGGUCUGAUCUAUCUUUUAAUCUGGAGGUCUACACCUUUGUAUUAUUAAAUGAUAUAUUCACAGCAGCAAAUGGAGUUUACACAAAGCAUAAAAUGGAUCCCGAGUUGGGGAAAUAUGGUGUCCUUUUCUAUAAUGCUUUUUUAAUGAUGGUUCCAAUGAUUGUUAUUAGUUUUUCUACUGGAGACUUUCAGCAGGCAACACAUUUCCAGCAAUGAACAGAUUUUUUAUUUGUCUUCCAAUUUCUUCUUUCCUGCUUCUUAGGGUUUCUUCUGAUGCAUUCUACUAUCCUAUGCAGUCAUUACAAUUCUGUGCUUACAACAGCAGUAGUGAGUGCUGUCAAGAAUAUAUCCAUUGCUUACAUUGGAAUGUUGAUUGGUGGAGAUUACAUGUUCUCUGUGUUAAACUUUGUAGGGCUAAAUAUUUGUAUGGCAGGAGGAGUAAGAUACUAAUUUUUAACCUUGAGAGGAAACAGCAAGCCUGUACAGCCUGAGGAUGAGGAGAAUGUACAUCCUGAGACAAAGUGUUAGCCAAAAAGCCUACCUUGGAAGAGGCUGAAGAUGCAAGUUUGCUUAGCAUUGCUGAGAAUGCAAAUAAGUAUAUCCUGGAACACAUUUGGAAUGAGGGAAAAAGUACUCUCCGUCAGUUCCCACAGGUGUGCACACAUCUCACAGGUUCAGAAAUAUUCUGAAUGUAUGUACAUAUUUACAGCAUGACUUACACCUGAUUUAUAGGAAGGAAUGCCAUGAGCAAAUCUCAAGUUGUGAAUUUCUUCAUUCACUUAUAUUUUGUGCUAUUUGUACUCAACGAAAUCUGUGAAUUCCACUUCAGUUUCUGUCUACUUUCUAAGGCAAAACUCCUUGUAAAGGUCACAAGUCUUGGUUCACCAUUGCCUUAUGUAGUCUGAAAGCAAUGAAGAGAUGAAAGAUGCUUAUGACUCAGAAUGAGCCUAUGCAUUUGCUCUUGUACAGGUGACUGUAGAACACAGAGAUCAAAGAAGAGGUGUGCCCCAAGAUUGUUCCAUGUGUAUUAACUAAAAAACUAAGGAUAUGGCAUAAUGUGUUUGGUAUGCAUUGUGUAGACAUUCUCUCUCAGUCUUUUUCUCAUCCUCAGUAACAUCUCAGUGUACUGCUGCAACCGUUACAAAAGAAUCAUCACAACUUAGCUGCAAUAUCAAGGAAGGAAGGAAACUGAGAGAGCCUUUCUUAAUAUUUGAAAGUAUAUAUAUUUUUUCUGAGCCAGUGCGAAGCAUGUAAUUAGGAGAAGUUACAAAGGUAACUCUAUUUUUGUGUAGGUACACUCAUCUUUUUACCACCAUUCCCUUCUCUGAUGCUUUUUCUAACCUUUUGAUGCUGCAGAAUUGAUGCUACUAGGUACAAACUACAGGAGAGGAUAUAUGGGAGACUAAUUGAUAUAGGGAAGAUUAACUUUUAUGUUUCAGUGAGAAUGAAGGAUUGGUGUCCUUCUGUGUCUUACGUAUACACUGAAGGUUUGUGGUACUAAUUUAUGUUCAAAAUUCACAGCAAGUGAAUAUAAAGUUAGUACAGUGGUUAAAAAUAAGUCUGGAAUCCAGUGUUUUUGUUAUUAUUUGGGACAAUAAAGGCACUGCUCUGUAUCUUUAUUUCUUCUCUGAAAUACAACUCAUAGUACUUACUUGCAUUUCUAAGGAGGUAGUGUUUAGUCUGAAAAUGCCUUAGAAACUGCAGUGCUGGAGGACAGUAGAAUAAUUAAUCUUGUUGGAGUUUUCUAUUCUGUACAAGUGUGAGCCAAGAAUUUUUAAAAAUAAUCUAAUCAAAAUAAGAUUUUGAAGACCUUGAUAUGGAUCCAGGGUGAUCUCAUGACUUGCAUCCUAGUUUGAAUUAAAAUACAACAAAAACUGAAAAGCAUUUUGCUGUUUGUAACGUGAAUAGCUAGACUGGAUUAAAUCUAAGAAACAGGUCAGUAGAUCAGACUAGAAGCUUCAGUGACUGCCUGGGCUACCCACUCCACUGCCUACAUGGAUUUAAAUGGUAAGAGUGGCUGCAGAUAUUAUAACUUUAUGUUAGUAGUUAAUGGUCACAGUCAAAGUUGAAACAGAAGUCUGGGCUACCCAGUUUCUCACAGCAGUAUGUGAGAUUGGAUGGCAAUCUUUGGGCAACCUGAUCUAGUGGAAUGUAUCCCUGCUCAUGGCCGGGAGGUUGUAAUGGGAUGAUCUUUAAAUGCCCAUUCCAAUUCAAACGAUUUGCUGAUUCUUGAGAUGUGACUGUCAUAUCCUACCUGUUGAGGAGGUGGGAAGGGAAUGUGUUACUACAGAUAUUUUAGAGAGUUAUUUUAUUCUAAAGAACUAUCUAUGUACUUAAGAAGCUCUAGUGUUUUUUGAGCAUAUCCUUGUAUAGGACUCCUGUUUCUCCAGGUCGUCUCUGCCUCCAAAAUAGUAGUUUUUGAAUCUUAAUUCUCUGCAGUGAGACAAGACAUUGUGAGGUUUUCAUUGAUUACUAAAAGACUAUGAAAACUGUUUGACUGCAAUACCCAUGGACACAUAAGGGCAUGUACUAAAUAAGAUGUAGUUUCCACAGAGGAACAGAUACUGUAUGCAUUUAAUUGAUUAAUGUUUUGCUGUACCUUUUAUAAAUAAAAAGAUGCAUAUUAUAAUUUCAACUAAUUUUUUAUUUCUGUGUGAAUGCUUUCAAUCAUGUGAGUAGUAUAAAUAUUUGCUUUCUGUAUCAUCACCUUCUGUACUAUAAAUGAAGCAUUUUCAUUAAUUCAUUCUAUACUACAGUGGAAGUGAUUUUAUUUAAAUCAAUGCCUAUAUCAUGUUUUACAAGUUCCUUCGUAGCUGGACAUUAUCUAAAGUACAGACCUAGUUCUGACAGAUUUUAUUAUAUUAUUACUCUGAAUAGUUUAAAGUUUAGGAAAAACAAAACUAGGUAUUAUCUAUAACGGCUUGCAAGUGAUUGCAUCCUUUUCACAAACGAAUUCAGCUUCAGUCAUUUACUAUUUUUCCUCUCUAACUGCAGAGAUAAUAUUGUUCCCGUAAAUUUGCUGGUUAAAAACUGGGAGUAUGGACUCAGCUAGACACAGUCUUUUAUUUUAGAAUAUUGGUAAUCACUGAAAUGGCUAUUCAGCUAAGCGGUUAUUUCUCUCAGUUAAUAAGGCAAUAAUUUAAAAUUGAUUUCUCAUACAAUACAUCUGUAGGUAGCUCUGCCCUUAGUGUUCUGCAGUGUCACAUUAGUUAAUGAAAUAUUAAAACAGUUGUAAAAUGAUAUGACUUAUUUGCUGUGUGAAGCUUCAGUUUCUUCUUUCAAAACAGUGGGGAAAAUGGUUGCAGAAAACUUCAGUCUUCAGAAUGUAUAUUUAAGCAGUAGUAAGUGACGUAGUUUUAAGAAAUACUGGUUUGGGUUCUAACAGUCAUAUUCCCUUAAAGAAGUUUCUUGUGGUUACAUGCUGCUAACUGCAGAACUUAAUUUUCAGAAAUCAGUCCAAUAUUUUUAAAUUUAAGCUCUACAGUUAGCUGUCUGUAUCCACAAGGAACUUGUGGAUGGAAACACAAGGAAAAGCUUAAAUUCUGAGGACAAUUUCAAAUUAAAUGAUAACUGGAUUGGAAAGGAAUGUUGCACUGUACAGUAAUCUGUUCAUAAUGUCGGUAUCAUAGGGAAUGCUUACCAUUGGACUAGCUGUAAUAGGUUGAGAAGUACAGUAGCCAUCAGAGGCUUUCCAGCCACACAAGGUAUAACAUUCUUGCAGUGAUUCCUGUAAAAAAACAGAAGAGGAAUACCUCAGGAAAAAACAAACAAACAAAAAAAACCCAACAACGUAAACUGGGCCAGAUGAACAAUUCUGUGCGUUCAUAAGAAUUUUUUUUUCCUCCUGGAUCUCAGCCUGAUUUACAGGUAUUAGUUCAAAGUAAAUGUAUCUCAGACUUGUGUUCAGUCUCUGGAAAAGAAAGAUGUAGGGGAGUCAGGACAGAGCAAAAGAAGACCAAUAGCUAUGGAAACUUGGAAUUUGACUGGCACCAUUCAGCACCAUUGUUGCAUAUGAAAAACAUAGUGCAGCUUGUUCAGGUUUUUAAGUGUUCCUUGGGUAGUGAAUUACUGUGAGGAAUUUUUGUAUGUAAGUAUUUUGGAGAAGUAUUCAGACCCUUGUUAAGGCUGGCCUUACUUGUGGAGUAAAAUGAGGUGUUACAGUAAUUAUGAGGUAAAAUGAGGUAACAGUGAUUAUACCGAAAUUUUAAGACUGUUUAAGCAACAGGAAACUGUAUUGUCGUUAAGAUAGUAAUGGUUUUUAUAUCAUUUUGUUCCAUUCCUUGUGAUUCAGACAUCAUCUUUUCUCUGUAAUGCAUAUGUGUUGUGGUGUUAUGACUGAAGGUGUCAGUAAUGUGACACUCAACAUACAUUGCUGCUCUUACGUUGGAGACUUCUGGCUGUCAGAGGUUCAGAUUAAAUUUUAAAGAUGGUUCACAUUAAUGUGGAAGAAUAUCACUGAAGUAUGGAUGCAACUUUUGUUUUAUCCUAAAUUUUUGCACCUGUAUUUCUCUUCUCCAUUUUAAAUUGGUCUUUAAAGAAUGAAUGUUUCAAACUACCACUUUCAAAGAAGAGUAAAUGCCAUUUCUGUGCUUUCUCUGAGAAUUUCCAUGUGUUAACAUUAAAAAUUAAAAAAAAAACAACACUUAUAAGUGUGAAUUUUAUUGAUUUCAUUUUAAUAUCAGCUUUUAUUUUCAGUUUUAUUAUUAUUUUUAAUUUGCAGUAACACUGUUCUUAACACUGCUUUUUCGCCUUAUGAUUUUGAUCCAUGUCCUCAGCUUUAAUGCUGGUUCAAACAUGUUUUGUUCACAAAACUGGAAAUCCUAUUCCCUUGUUAAUAAACUGCUGUACCAGUUUGUGCCAUAAUUUCCCAAUCUGUAAAAUGCAUAAUAAACUAUU